AAAAUCCAAAUUUUCAUUUACAUUUUAGAUCACAGUCAUUUGUUUAUGUUUAAUAUCUUAUUUAACUUUAUUGAAUAAUAUGGCUAAAAUUCACGAAGCAUUGAAGCCAAUUCAAUGGCUUAUUGGUACCUGGGAAGCAAUCAGUGCUAAGGGUAGUUAUCCAACUAUUAAAGAUUUCACAUACAGUGAGACGAUUAAGUUCGAGUCUAUGGGGCAGCCUUUGUUGAACUAUGAAUCACGUUCAAAACAUCCGGUAUCCGGUGCUCCGAUGCAUCUGGAAAAUGGGUUUCUACGAAUCAAGCCAGGAACAAGUCAGUUGGCAUUCAUGAUUUCUCACAAUUUCGGACUCACGGUGCUGGAGGAAGGAUUUGCGACGGAAAAAGGAUUUGAGCUGGAAUCAAAAUCAAUCUGUCGCAUGUCUUUUUCGAAGGAGCCGUCGGUUAAAGCUCUGAAAAAAAUCUACAAAUUAAAUGAGAACGGCACAUUGGAAGUUCGGACAGAUAUGGAGACAAGUAACACAGAAAUGACGAAUCAUCUUGUAGCAAUUUAUAAAAAAUCGGAAUAAGUUGUAGUCUCGCUAUGGUAAAUAAUAGUAGCUGUAACCAUCAGCAUUACUAGUUAUGAACCACUGUGAAUUCUGUUGUGGUGCUGGAGGAGGCGAAAAACAAUUAUUGUUUGUAUCCAUGGGAAGGAAGGGAUCCGUGGGAGAUUGGGAUGAUACGGAAGCUGGUAAACUGUUAGAAGAUACAUGAUAGUAGCAUUCCUGACUGUGUGGCGGAGGCGUUGUAGGAUACUGCAGAACUCGUUGAAGGUGCCGGAUGUACUGAAUUGCUAAUCUGAAAAUAAAACAAAGUGGAACUAUU